AUGUCCUGCAUUGGUCUCUCGCUCUUUCAGCCUUUUCCGAUGGCUCUUCUCGCCAUGUUGCCAAACUUUCAUCUCCAUCGACCCCCCGGCCCGGAUGACAAAACCGCUCUCAGGGUUAUUAAGAGACAGUUGCAUGGUGAUUUUGAAGACUUUUUUUUUGUUGCAGGCUGUGUUCCGGAGGCGAAUAAUUUGAAAGAUAAUGAGUUCUCUAUGGAAUUGAUUGGCCCUGAAUCUGGAUUUGCACCCAAACAUUAUGGAAUGGACAAGUCUGAAGUUGUUCCAAUGUGUGCAUUUUCCGAGUCCACACAAGGGAAGAUUUCUUAUGAGGGAAACAUAUUGAAGUUGGACAUGAGACCUCUUCAUGAAAACAUGGAAAACUAUGGAAAACUCUGCCGUGAACGAACAAAAAAGUAUACGACCAAAAGUAGACAGAUACAGGUCAUUGAUAAUGACACUGGAAGUCAUAUGCGACCUAUGCCAGGGAUGAUGAUUCCUCUUGGAUUUACUGAAAAGAAGAAAGCCCCGGCUAAAGCGUCUGAAGUGAAAAGAACAAGAAGGGACCGUGGAGAGAUGGAAGAUAUUAUGUUUAAGCUCUUUGAAAGGCAAUCCAAUUGGACUUUACGACAACUAAUUCAAGAGACAGAUCAACCUGAACAAUUUCUGAAAGACAUUCUCAAAGAACUUUGUGUUUACAACAACAAGGGGGAUUAA